CUUUACCGGUUGAAGUUCAACGAGUUCGUUAACACCGUGCCCACCAUCGGUUUUAACACGGAGAAAAUCCGGUUGAGCAACGGGACGGCCAAAGGCAUCAGCUGCCACUUUUGGGACGUGGGUGGUCAGGAGAAGCUGCGCCCGCUUUGGAAGUCCUACAGCCGCUGUACCGAUGGCAUCAUCUACGUGGUGGACUCGGUGGACGUGGACCGGCUGGCGGGCGCCAACAACGCCUACCACAUCCAGCCCGCCUGCGCCAUCAUCGGCGAGGGGCUGACGGAGGGCAUGGACAAGCUCUACGAGAUGAUCCUGAAGCGGAGGAAGUCCCUCAAGCAGAAGAAGAAGCGGUAG